CAGAAAAUCCUAAUAAUUGUAAACAGUCACCAACUGCCUAUGCGCGGCGAGAUGCUGACUUUGAUCACAGACAUUCGUUUUCAACUUCGAGCGGACGUUCAGCAUCGAGAGCCAUUUGUACCCUUCCUCAACUUUAUUCAGAGAAAAAUUGACGCCAUGACCAAGACGAAAUCAACGACGUUUCUUACAGUACUAACGACUAUUCUAUUUGCUUCCCUGUUACGCAUUAUUCUGGUCCCGCCAAUUCCACCGCCAGUCCCUGAUUUGGUCAAAGUAUCGACUUUGGCAAAGUCUUUCGAGCCAUUGAUCUUCUACUCGGAGAAUGGAUAUGCGCAGAUCACAGCAUUGCAGGAAACAAGUGUAGCAGUAUGGGAUCUCGGAGAGUCAGUCAGAAGCGCAAACAUGACAUCGGCACCAAUGAUCGUUCGCUCGCUUGACGAAUUGUCUGAAAGCUUGAAGACGCUCGGGUUGGAGUUGACACGGUUUUUUGCAGAUGUCGACUCGGACGUUGACAGUAUCCUGCUUGUCAUGGACUGGGCGAAACGCGAACUGGAGGGUGUGUCGUCCGGUCAAGGGGCGUCUUUUACAGGUGUGGUGUUUGACCAUUUACACGGCAUCUUCAACAGGGGCGGAUUGCUCGAAACGUCCAAAGGACCAACACCGUUGGGGAAAAUGUUGACCGACAUUUUCGGUGCGAGUUCACCUCAGAGGACGAGGACAACCCUCACAAGGACAUUCCAUGAGUUCGUGAAUGUGCUCGAGGAAUCCAUCAACAGCGAGUUGACUCACUCGACCGCACUGUUCGCCCUGUUCGAAUCAAUUGACCGCCAGUUUCUAAACUUGCAACGAACCGUCGUCAGAGAGACAGACACGCAAGAAAGAUUGGAGAGUGACCUGCUAUCAUCUCUCUGGACUAAACUCAUGGGUCCCAACUCGGCGAUGCUGCGGAAGUACGAGAAGAACAAACAGCUAUUGUCGAGUGUACGAGCGAGGACGGUGAACAACAAGCAUCUCCUGAUGGAGCACCAUGGCAGAUUGCAGACACUGAAAGUCAACCUAGAGACACUUCGGAGAAAAUUGGUCAGCCCGCUUGUAAGGAGGAAUGACUCUGUCAGCAUUGACAGUGCCAAUGUACUUGAUCAACAGAUCAAGGGUUUGGAAGGGACAUAUGAUUAUCUUCGAGCUGUCCGGGAAAGGCAAAAGGGUAAACUCAUGGAGAUGGUUUACGGUGCAAAGGCUGGCAGGCCUAGGCUUGUUGGUAUUAACGGAGGGUUGGAAGGUGUUGCCAUUGACGCGUAUGAGUUGUGAAGAGACGACAAGCAAAUCUGGGACAGGACACUGGUCUGCAUGGAGCUUUGCCAGGUUAUGUGAAGUAUUCAUGUUAGCAUUAUCAUUCUAGUGGAACAUAAGAAUAUCAUUAGUGAGGCAUG